GGAAAUCGGUAUACGCUUAAAUAGUGCGCAGCAUUUAUUUUACUGCUAUUUUACGACAAUAAUUGUUUUUUUUUGUUGUCAGUGGGACUGAAUUGUUGUCCUGUGUCUACAAAACAAUUAAAAGCAACAUGGACUCAGUGCCCAUCGCCAUCAAUGAGGGGCUUCUGCAAGAAACUGUUAUGAAGAAAAUCGGUGAUAUAGUUUGUCUAAUUAGCACAACAGAAAGAAUCUAUUUCCACGAAAUCCUUGAUUUAAACUUGGCAUAUAAAAAUAUCUUUAAGAUUGACCUUCUCCAGGAUUUCAAAUCUUUGGUCAGGCUUGAUCUCAAUAACAACGUCAUAACUGAAAUCCGAGGACUGGAUAGUUUGACUAAUUUACAGUGGCUUAAUCUGUCAUUUAACAGGGUCGAGAAAAUUGAGGGCUUGGAGUCUCUGCAGAAGCUUGAAAUGCUGAAUCUAUCAAGCAACAAAAUCACUCGCAUAGAGAACAUGGAUACACUUGAAAACCUCAGACAUCUCCUCAUCGCAAACAACCUUCUAAGCCAGUUGGACAAUGUUCUUUACCUUAGGAGGUUUAAGAAACUGUUCAAACUCUACAUGACCGGAAAUCCUGUUACUGAGGAGGAAGAUUACGUUUUGUUCAUUGCUGCGUACUUUCCCAGUGUGAUGUUUCUGGACCGCAUACUAAUUAACAAAAAGAUUAGACAAGACGCGUUCACCAAAUACAAAUACAUCCUUGAGAAAAUGAAGAAUGAAGAGCUGCAGAAACAAGCUGUGGCCAACCAAAGCUCAAGACUUACACAAAUAUGUGUAAAGAUGAUCCCGAGGCAGAAAGGUUAUGCCGUGUUCCAGAGCCAAAUUGUGGAGCUGUGUACAAACCUAUUUGACAUAGGUUUAGCUCAGCACAAACAAAGGGAGACAGAGCUGAACUCUUUUUUCAGCGGGCAGAAUGAGAUUCAGACAUACUACAGGAAUGAAGCAUCACAGGUGCUGGCAACAUUUGAAGAACACCACAAAGAGAGCAUAAUGGAGUUGCCACAAUUAUCAGACCCGGUUGCAUUUGAGGAGAAGCUCAGCCACCAUGAAGAUGAAAUCACUCAGCUCUAUAAUAGUCUCUUGACACUGGAAUUUGAGAUGGAUGGCAAGUUGGAGGAUAAUAUCAGAAAGCUUGACAGCUGCAUCUCAGACAUGUGUCGUGAUUUGGAGGAUAGUUAUUAUCAGAAAAUGCAAGAAAUUGCUUCUGCGUUACUGGAUAGAGUGGCCAAGGAAAAUCUAGAAGAGGACAUACCAGAUGAUGUGGUAUCGCUGUUUACAGACAAAGAUUCAGUGGUGGAAGCUUUGGCCACCAGCCAUGAUAACCACCUGCUGACAAUCAAUGACCGAGAUAAUCAGUUGGUUAUACGUGUGAAUCACUGGGAAGUGUCUCUCAUUAAAGAGAUUCGAGAAAAAGUAAUUCAGCAAAGCCACACGCGCAUCUCAGACGUGAACAGAUAUGUGGACCAUCUGAGGAACCAGCUGUCUAAAUUGCAGCAGCAUUCCAUUUGAACAAAGAGUUUGCAAAGAGAUUUUCUGUGUUUACAUAUUUUGCAUAUUUUUAUCAUAUAAAAUGAUUACUCCUCCUUCUGUGUAACAACGUUUUAUUCCCCAAGUCUAUUUUCUAAUUAUUUACAGGUAAAAAUGAUAU